AUGGCGAUCGACAACUUCGUGUACAACGCUGAGCAUGGCGUUAUCAUUUGUCGGCAGUGUGAGACCUGCCUGGUGCCCAAAGAGAGCAGCUGGACCAGUCACCUACGCAACCUUCCACACAGCAUGAAAGGCGAACUUCUUGUUCGCACCAUCGAGCAUUUCUCCAGCUUUGGCCGACUGAGCAGCGUCGAGGACUUGCGCCAGCAUGCCGCUGCUCGACGCCGACUAGUGUCCACGGCCGAAAGCCCAGAGCAGCACUCUGAUGCCAUUCCCCUCUGGCGCGAAUGCAAGCUUCAGACCUACUCUACUGCCAAGGGCAUCAUUGACUAUUUCGAAGUGGAUGAAGCAGCACCAACAAUAGUUCAGGAAGCAGCACCGCUCGACCCCCCAUCCUCGUCUUCGUCUCUGCCCACGUCUUUGCCUGCGUCUUUGCCAGCGUCCUUGCCUGCGUCUUUGCCCACGUCCUUGCCUGCAUCUUUGCCCACGUCUUCGUCUUUGUCUUCGGGUUCAACUUUGUCUGCAUUUUCAUCCUCGUAUCCGUCUUUGUCUUUGCCCACAGCCACAGCCACGGCCACAGCCACAUCCACCACUGUGGCUCAGCAUGCACGAUCGCAAUUCUUCCAAAGCAUCAAAGAACGCAUGCGCUACAGUUCUGAGCUGUCGGACGUGGUCCAACAUCCACUGCGCUUUGCUGCUCGCUGGGAUCGCGACCCCUGGCUGGUGACCACCGGUUUCGCACUCCAUCUGGACGGCUUGCUCGACGCCGAGAUCCGCUCUUCGUAUACGCUCCCUGCCAGCCUCGAAGGAAAUGCUCGUCUUGACGGCUCUCUCGAGGACCCCAGCGACCGCGAUCUCCGGCGCAUCCUCGUCGCAGCCGAGCACACGUUACGCGAUGCCUACCGCCUGUGCAACGACACUUCCCACCGCCGCCAACUGACGCAGCAGCGCGCAAUAACGCUCAACCAGCUUCGCUUGGUCGAUUUCAAGGGACUUCUGCGCUACCAGAAGCUACUCACGUACUAUUAUCGCGUCGUCUACCGCCCUGACGGCCACUUUACGAGCAACACCGAGGGCCAUCCGCUUCCGCAUGAUGAGAUUAAGCCGACGUCGGAGCAAUCGCAGGCCAUGAACGCCAUCAUCGCGGUGUUGCGCCGGCAAGAUGCGCUCAAUAAUGUCGUGAUCAUCGACGACGACUCCGACCCCGACGACGACAACUCUUCCGCUGCCACCGCCGAACUCGACGGCCAACUCAGGAAAGCGAUUCGUGACCUCUUGGUAUCGCUCAUAUGUUGUUGGGUCGGAAUAACGCCGUUCGAGUCAGCCUUGCUCAGCUUCUGCGCUAUGCGCAGUCUAACGCCGGCACAACCAAUCGAUGGCUCUUUCAACGCUCGUGGCCUGUGCAAGUGGCGCGAGCCGAAGAACUACCUCGUCGAUCUGUCCGCGCUCAUCUGGACGUCCCAGUUGAUGCUGUUUGACUCGGUCUGCUUUGCGUGCAAGGACAAUCCGCAACAGAUCCUGGCUCGACUCCAGGGAACUGAGCUUCACUUGGACCACAUCUCGCACCUGGUGGUCAGUGAGUACAAGGUUGCCUCCCGGAUUCUCUACGACGAUCUCCUCCUUGGCAUCAUGGCCGAUAUGCCACAUAUCGAGCCGUGGCGGCUCCAAGACUAUCUCGACCAAGCUGAAGAGGGAGCUUCGUCGCACACAGACGUGUGCCAAGCCGAUCUGCUAGCAGAGACACAGCUCGCCAUCUUGAACAAGAUCGAAGCGACUCGAUUUCCGGCGCCACGGCGUUUUGCUUCUGCCCAAAUGCCCAUCGCUCUGUACGAGGAGCGUAUCCAAGACUUUCUCGAGCGAUUGCUGGUCAUAAUCCACGUUUCUUCUGGUCCACCGCUGCGAGCGUCUGAGCUUCUAUCGGUGAUCGUGUCCAACACGGAUGAUCGACGUCGAUCCGUGAUCGUCUGGGAGAAGAGUGUUCUGCUUCGCGUCCUCGACCACAAAAGUCUCGAUCUGACCGGCUCAGAAAAGGACAAACUCCGAUUCCUGCCUGCCGAGAUUGGUUCUCUUCUUCUCACCUUUCUUGCCUUUGUGCAGCCGCUGCGUAGGGUAUUCCUACGCCAGAUCAAGCCUGAGGCGCGUCUUUCGCCGUACCUCUGGUCCAAAUUGGAUGGCUCCGCCGCCUGGUGGCGGCAAGUUGCCGCCUCGAUCAUCAAAGAAAAGUUCAGCCAGCAGCAGCGUGCACACUUUGACUUGGACGACGUCGAAGCCUCUGAGGAGAUCGAAGACGAGGAGGACCUUGCCUACCUGGCCGGCAUGAGCAAUCACAGCGUCAGCACGCCCAACCAUGCCUAUGCUGGCUUGAUCCACCACGCCUAUCACGCCUCAGACAGCUGGCGCACACUGCUCAACAUCGAUGCAAAGCUGCUCGCCGAGCGACUGGGUCCAGGCUCCUGUGCCGCAGCUCGGCGGUGGCACGCAACUCCCUGUGCUUGGCCCAUGGACUUUCUCUGUGCAUCCGAGUCUUUGCAGCCGCACGUCAGCGUUCUGGGCCGACUCGCAUCUCUUGGCCAGUUUGCUGGAGCGAGCUCUCAACGGCAGCGAUCGAGACUCGCACUUGCAUCUCCCAUCUCUGUGGUCGCACACUGGACGGCACGGGAUCGAUCGACGCAAGUGCUCGAUCUGGCCAAAGCCAGGUCCUAUUCACGCUCUCUCCGGAACUCCAAAGCAAUCAGCGAUGAGCUUAUCAAACUCUAUAUUGAUGGUUGGAAAGGACAGCGCUGGCUUCGAUCUCCAAUUCGCCGGACCAGCGCCUGA